CACCUGCGACUCAGAUCCGGGGAGGGGGGAUAGCAAGGCGAUGCAGUUCUUCAGCGGCUCCUCGGCGGUGGACAUCAGCCCGUCCCCACCGGCGCCGCCCGGUACGGCGACUGCGCUUAGCGGGAACAACGCAAACGUGCUGUACAUCUUUAACCGGAGCGGCGUCUGCUUACUCUACCGCGAGUGGCACCGCCCCCUCCGUACCCUCGACGCCAACCAGGACCAGAAGCUCAUGUUCGGCCUCCUCUUCUCCCUCCGGUCCUUCACCGCCAAGAUGGAUCCCACCAGCGUCGAUAAGGGCAAUCUCGGGGUGCCGCUGUUGCCGGGGCAAGGCUGUUCCUUCUACAGUUUUCGGACCAAUACCUAUAAGCUGAGCUUCAUGGAAAGCCCGUCUGGGAUAAAGCUUAUUUUGAUCACACAUCCAAAGACCAGUGACCAUCAAGAGUCUCUGAAACACAUAUACAAUCUUUAUGUGGAAUAUGUUGUAAAGAAUCCUCUCUAUGUGCCUGGUACUCCAAUCAAGUCUGAACUCUUCGAUACCAAUCUGGACCAAUAUGUGAAAACACUGAUCUAGCCUGCUGAGGCAGUUUGGACAUUGUUCAAAUAUAAAUUUGUGGAAUGGUCAGUAUGUUAAUUAACACAUCUGAAUUUUUACGAACUUCCGUGCUUUUUUGAAAUAAUAUCACUGAAUGCACUAGCCAUCUUUUUGUCACGCAAGGCUCCUAUUGUUGGUGUGAUUGAUGCCACAUGCUUCUUUGUUUCUUUAAUUACUUGGCAUUCUUGCUGUGUAAAGAUGGUACAAUACAAUCUCAAGAUGUUUUCUGUAAGUCAUUGUUCCAAGAUCA